UUUAACACUGUUUACUUGAGGACAGAGUUUUUUUCUGGACUAUUUAGUGAACAAUUGUCCUCCUGUGGGAGGAGCAAAGGUCUGCUCAUUAUAGCAGACCUGAAACUUUCCUUCAGAUGAAUCUGUGCUGGUUAACUGAAUCAGUCAUGGAGCUGCUGCUGCCGAUCCUUCUUGGCUUCCUUGCUUGUCUGGUCGGAGGGCUGUACCUUCUCGGAGUGUUCAGACAGCGGCGACCAGGAGAACCCCCCCUUGAUAAAGGGCUCAUUCCUUGGUUGGGUCAUGUCUUAGAGUUUCGCAGGAACACCUUGAAGUUCCUAGAGAGAAUGGAGAAGAAGCACGGUGAUAUAUUUACAGUACAGCUGGGAGGGUUUUAUAUUACAUUUCUCCAGGACCCUUUUUCAUUUGGGGGAUUCGUUAAGGAGAGUCGGGACAAACUGGACUUUCGAAAGGUUGCUCUGCAUCUGGUGCACAGAGUGUUUGGAUAUAAAGCUGUUGAAGGGGAGCGUAGGAUUCAUGAAAUGUCCAACAACAAGCAUCUGAAGGGGGAAGGUCUGCAAGAACUGACCCAGUCUUUUAUGAGUAAUUUACAAAACAUGAUGUUGCACAACAUUGGAUCAGCUGCAGAGGACAGGACCUGGAAAGAAGAUGGACUGUUCAGGUACAGCUACAAUGUUGUUUUCAGAGCUGGAUAUUUGGCCUUGUUUGGCAAUGUGCCACCCAAGUCUGAACAAAGUGAGGAGAAAGCCAAAGAGAAAGACAGAGCUGAAUCAGAAGCUUUGUUUCAUGAGUUUCGUAAAUAUGACCAGCUCUUCCCCAGACUGGCGUAUGGGGUCCUCCCACCGAUGGAAAAGUUGGCUGCAGAGAGGUUGAAGACAUACUUCUGGGAUGUUCUGUCAAUCCUGAAAAUGAAAACCAAGGACAAUAUCAGUGGCUGGGUGUGGGACAUACAGCAGGGUAAAGAGGAGAUGGGAAUGGAUGUGUCAAUGAUAAACAGGAACAUGUUUAUGCUUCUUUCGGCCUCUCAGGGCAACACAGGGCCUUCUUCAUUCUGGCUGCUCCUCUUCCUCAUGAAACACCCAGAAGCCAUGAAAGCAGUGAAGGAAGAGGUGGAUAAAGUUCUGAAAGAAUCUGGACAGGAGGUCUGGCCUGGUGGUCCUAUGGUCAACCUGACCCGUGAAAUGCUGUUGAAAACACCGAUCCUGGACAGUGCUGUCGAAGAGAACCUCCGACUCACUGCUGCACCCCUCCUCACAAGGGCAGUGAUAAAGGAAAUGACCUUCAAGAUGGCUGAUGGGCGUGAAUAUUUACUUCGCAAGGGUGACAGAAUUGCAAUCUUUCCUUUCAGUUCUGUCCAACAUGACCCAGAGAUCCAUCCUGAGCCGCACUCAUUCAAAUAUGACCGCUUCCUGAAUCCAGACGGGACCAAGAAAACUGAUUUUUACAAAGCGGGAAAGAAGGUAAAAUAUUACACCAUGCCCUGGGGAUCCGGGGUCUCCAUGUGCCCUGGCCGUUUCUUUGCCACCAAUGAGCUGAAACAGUUUGUUUUCCUCAUGUUGGUCUAUUUUGAACUUGAGCUGAAGAAUCCUGAUGAGAAGAUUCCUGAAAUUGACCUCAGUCGAUACGGCUUUGGAACGAUGCAACCUGUCAGAGAUGUCCAGUUCAGAUACAGACUCAGAUAUUAAGCCAGUCAGAGAAAAACAUGAUUGUCACUGAGAAAAAUUGUGAUUAUUUUCUAUCAUUUAUAAUUGAAUCAUUGUAUUAUUGUGAAAGCUCAUUUUUUGUAUAAUUAUUUAAUUGACUGUUUUUACCUGAACCCUUAUAAAUUGAAGCAUGGGGCAAUUCAAUUCAAUUAAAACCGAUUUACUCACUAUGACCACAGUCCCUAGAUAGUUUGUUUUUCUUUGACUUACUUCAUUACCACUACCAUGGAGACGAUGUUUUUGGUAGCAUUUGAAUGCACGUCAGUCUGUUUGUAAACAUGAUAGCUUUAAAAACUUUCUAUGAUUUCUGAAAGUAUGUAGAGUGGGGUCAUAUUAACAGUCUAUUAAAACUUUGCUUAUAUCCACUGAGUUCUUUCAGGUCAUCUUAUUGAUUUAAGAUUUUGGUUGAAAAUGGACUAAAUGUCUUAUAACUUAAAUCAAGGACUCUUAAAACUGGGGUGUGCAUUGACAACACAUAGAAAGCUGUAUACAAAGAUUUCAAAUAUCAUGUCACAUUUGAUUUGUUUGUUUUUUAAACCUUUUUGAUUUUCUUUUAUGUUGAGUUGAUUUAAUAAAUCAUCUGAUUUAUUGAUCUUAA